GAGAGCUAGAGAGAGAACGAGAACGAGAACGUGAGAGAAACAGAGAGGAUUCAGCAUGGGGUCCAGCUCCUCUUCCUAUGCCCCAAAAACCAUAUAUCUGGACGUGGAUGGAAAGGUUCAGAAGGUGGUUUUCAGUCGGCAUUGUAGCCCAUGUGACAUCAAGGAGCUUCUUUGUUCCUCGUCCAACAUCCCCAGGAAUACUGCCAUCAUGAUGGUGGAUCUUGAAGGGGCUCUGGUGUCCAUAGACCCGACCAUGCCUACCAACUCUCCCAACUCCUUGUACAAAGUCGUUUCUUUGUCCACCGGUCAGCUAGGAGAGAAAGAAGACAUGUUUCAGAACGUGUUAUCUCAGGUGGCAGAGCAGUUCAGUAGGGCUUUCCGGAUCAACGAGCUGAAAACUGAGGUGACCAACAGACUGGCCAUGUUGGAGAAAAGAGUUGAGUUGGAGGGACUGAAGGUGGUGGAGAUUGAGAAGUGCAAAAAUGACCUAAAGAAACUACGAGAUGAGAUGACAUCCAGAGGAGGAGGGAGAGUUGGGAACUGUCCCUGCAAAUACAACUUCUCAGACGACGGGAAGAAACUUAAUCCCAGACGUGACGUCCCAAGUUAUCCAAAGUACACCUUAUCCCAGGAGACUAUUGAAGCACUGAAGAAGCCAACAUUUGAUGUCUGGCAUUGGGAACACAAUGAGAUGCUGAGCUGCUUGGAGUACAUGUACCAUGACCUGGGAUUGGUGAAGGAAUUCAACAUGAACCCCAUCACUCUCAAACGUUGGCUGCUGGGCAUUCAGGAGAACUAUCGCAGCAACCCGUUCCACAACUUCCGCCACUGCUUCUGUGUCAGUCAGAUGAUGUAUGGGAUGAUUAACCUGUGUAACCUGCCGGAGAAGAUGACUCUGACGGACAUGGGCAUUCUCAUGACAGCUGCAGUGUGCCACGACCUGGACCACCCCGGCUACAACAACACGUAUCAGAUCAACGCUCGCACAGAGCUGGCCGUGCGUUACAACGAUAUAUCUCCCCUGGAGAACCAUCACUGCGCCGUGGCCUUCCAGAUCCUCUCGCUGCCCGAGUGCAACAUAUUUGCCAACGUGGAGUUGGAGGCCUACAAGCAGAUCAGACAGGCCAUCAUUACCCUGAUCUUGGCCACAGACAUGGCCCGGCAUGGAGAAAUAUUAGACUCCUUCAAACAUAAAGUGGACAGCUUUGACUUCACCAACGAGGAGCAUGUCACAUGCCUGAAGAUGGUUCUGAUCAAAUGCUGUGACAUCUCCAACGAGGUCCGGCCAACCGAGGUGGCCGAACCCUGGGUGGACUGUCUGCUGGAGGAGUACUUCAUGCAGAGUGACAGGGAGAAGACUGAAGGGCUGCCUGUGGCUCCGUUUAUGGACAGAGACAAAGUGACCAAGCCCACUGCCCAGAUCGGAUUCAUCAAGUUUGUCCUCAUCCCAAUGUUCGAGACAGUCCUGAAGCUCUUCCCCCAGAUUGAGGAGAUCAUGGUGCAGCCUCUGAGAGAYUCUAGAGACCACUACGAGGAGCUGAAGCAGAUCGAUGACGCCAUGACAGAGGGCUCUGGCUCUCGUUUUAUGAUCCAAAAAUUCAAGAAGGUCGUGGGUCGUCCUGAUCUGCGUCUUUGAAGACAAGAUGGAGGGUGAAAAGAGUUCUCUUCUACACACUGAGCCAACCUCAGACAACAUGAAACCCCCUGGUUGAUCUCCACUGUUUUGUUAUGGACAUUACAGAAGGACAAUGGCUCUGUUUCAAUGUCCACRCUAGCAUACUACUUAGGAAGAAUUAAUGUAUCAGGUACAUUGGAGAGAUAGCCAAUGUGUUUUAUUGGUGUAGUCUGUAUUUUUUUUUUUUCAUUUUUACUGUAAUUUCUGAAAGCUAAUUGGUCAUUGUAGGUAUCAAUUACUGUGUUCACACAGGCAGCCUAUUUCUGAUCUUUUUUGCCCAAUAAUUGGCAAAAGAUCUGAUCUGAUUGAUCAAAAGGAAAAUUGGUCUGUCUGUGUAUACGCAGCCUAUCAUCAUUUCGGAGUGACAAUUGGUCAUUGUAGGUAUCAACAUGCCAUAUUUUCUGCUUUCUGUUUUUAGCCACACUUGUUGGUGUUGCCUAUUACAAAUAGCAACUAAGUUGUAUGAACACUCUCUUUUCCUUUUCAGUUCUCCUAUUCAAAUGCAAAACUGUUUCUGAAACCGUUUGAAUAAAUUGACUCUCGAUUUAAACAUGUCAAGUACACAGCAUAUUUUAACAUAAUUCUGAGGUUUAAACAUUAUUCCAACAAAUUCAACAAAUUAUUCCCCGGUGUGUGCACUGAAUUAAUUUACAUAAAUUCAUAUUUUGAGGUUCGUGUAAUAGCACAUCCAUUGUCGUGCAAUAUAUUCAUUCUGAGAUACAUGUUGUAAGUUAUUACAGAAGUAGUUAAUUACAAUCUGAAAUGUUAUUCUUAUAUUCUAUUUAUUUUUGCAUAGCACAUCCUACAUAAACUGUGUAAAAUACAGUACAGUUGUAAAACAUAUA